AUGGUGAACCCAGAAGAAGAGACCGAGAGAUUUGAGCAAGGAUCUUGCCGGAAACUGAGCUCCGGCAGAAGGUCGAGACGAGCCGUUCUUCAGAACUAUGCUUCGUGUGUUCCGAGAAGGAGAAGGAGGAGCGACGAUGCUUCAAGAGGAGAGGAAAGCUUGGUCGGAGGGGUUUCGGCGGAGACUUCUCAUCGUGUCUUCAAAGUGCCGCGGCGGCUCCUCGAGAAUCGCAUCUGA